AUGUAUGAUCAAAAUGACAAACAACCGUUUCAAUAACAGUUUACAUUGUAUCAUGUUUAUGUUUACAUUAAACGUACAAACAUAAACCGUUUCAAUUACAGUCUACAUUGUAUCAUAUUUAUGUUUGGUUUACAUGAAACGGACAGGCAUAGAUUUAACUAUGUUCAUUCAUAAUGUAUUUAUACGCUGUAUUUAUACCUUCUAUAAUUCGUUUAUUUCGAAGCAAACCGUCGAGCAAUUGCAAACCGAAAAAGCAAGAAUGAACAAUUGGAAAUAUAUUUUACUGAUGAUAGAUAUUUUCUUCACGAUAGUAGCUCAGCCAUGGUACAAAUUGAAAUCAACCUCUGGCUUUACAGUCUCUAAUUGUACCGAGCAGAAAGUCGAUAGUAUGUUAUCAUGUGCAGCGAUUGGGCGUGCAGCAAAAUGUGUAACAUAUUAUUUCAAUGUAGAUGAAUACGUAUGUCUAUGGAAUUGUAAAUUUUUUGAAAAUAAUUCACAUGCUGUUGGAAAUCAUGGAUGGCGUAAAUACGAGGUGAUAUGGAGGGAGAACUCCGCUUUGGGAAAACCAACUAACGGAUCUUCUGUAUACGGAAACGAUUAUACUAACUGGAGCCCAGAUUAUGCGAUAGAUGGUAUUGUCCAAAAGAACGAUACACAACUCUUUCAUUCAGCUUUUGAACAAUUUCCUUGGAUCAGGAUCGAUUUGUUAGAAAUAGCACCAAUAUCCUUUAUUCGUGUAUAUAACAGAAAUGGCUUAGGACACCGAUUCCAUGACGUUGCCGUUGAAGUGUCAAAUAACAGCGAUUAUGUACAACGUGGGUUUUACCAGGGACCUGCAGCGAAUGGCGAAGUUGUGGAUAUCAUGUGUGACUCCCAUACUGUUGCUCGCUACGUCCGACUAAGAAUAAGGAAAGGAUCUAAUAACUGUCUCAAUAUUCCGGAACUUGAAAUAUAUACUCAUUGAUUACUGUCUUCAUACGACAAACUUGUACUUCAUCCCUCAUUUAUUGUGAAACGUUAACAUUUGAAGAAAACAAAGACUUUCACAAAUCAUAUUGACUUGAUCAUCCCAUGUCUAACACACAUACAUGUGUACACGUACUUAAUGAAUGAAAAAAGAAACAAAAUAAAAAAAAAUAAAAUAAAAAAAAGCAAUAAACAUAUUUUUCCCUCACCAUCAAAUCAAAUGUAUUUGGUUACAUAAUAAAUAUUUUUUUUUUCGUUUCUUUAAUUAUUCUUCACAGUUAUUAUUAUUCACAAUAUUUAGACUGAAACUCAGCAAACCACUUUUAACCAAUAAAUCCAGAUUAUCAAAUGCUGUACAAUUCCAGGAAAUGCUUAUUUUUAAAAUACAAUACAAACAUUGAUAUAUACAUGUAUCUCAUGU